CCCAUUCUGUCCCCCCAUGAUGGACACUCUCUCUGGGACAACUCCUCUAUUUCUGUCUGGUCUGCGGCCCGAGACCCGCUGCCUCACUUCGGUCAGACCCUCCAAGACCCCGCAGUGGACCACAUAGAGGGUCGGCGAAGACGGCCGCCAGAGCGGUGAUACCCGGACACCCCCCUUAUAAACGAGGCCUUUUGUUGCGGGGGGGGGGGGAUUUGAGUCCAAAUGAUGAAUUAAGGACUUGGAAGGUAAGGUAAGACCUCACCUGGCAUUCUUGUUCCAACAUAGAAAAAGUCAAGAAGGACAUUUUCAGGAUAUGUUUGGACAAAGGACAAGUGAGAUGCACAGCUCCGUAGCAGCUGGAACCCUAAACUCAGGGUUCUUGCGUCCAACAGUUAAAAAUGUUAUGUUUGAAUGAAUAAGUGAGCCGCUGAGGACACAACCCACCCUGCAUCAUGACUUCAGUGGAGAAGCGUCGCUCAAGUCGCUCGAGACGAAAAAAUGGCAGACAUCGAAAGUACAGCGAUGGAGGCUUUAGUGACACCUCGAGUGGCGGAUCCUUCCUGGACGAGACUGACCGUGAAGUCAGCAGUCUCACAGACAGAGCCUUCAGGAGUCUCUGCAUCGGCGAUGAAGCCGUUUAUAAUGACUCGGACCUGGGUCCUUCAUCACCUUGCAUCCAGAGGGACAGACAGCUGGCCUUUGUUCAGAGUGGACUCGAAAGAGAGGACGGCGGCAGAGAGGAGCUUAAAAGAGCUGCACAUGACAGCUUCAGCAUGAUGGUGCAGCAGUACGGACAGGACUGGAUCCAUGAAGGAAUGUAUGGAGUACAGAUGAAUAGAAAUCCACAGUGGGAUGUUUAUGAAGACAGCACACAGGGGAGGCUUUCUGCCACAUUCCAAAAUUCCUUUAUGGAAAUGUCCCAGCAAGAGAGAUUUUUUAGAGGAGACCACCUGGGCUGUUUCAGCAAUGGAGUGUCAGAUUUGAGUUUGCAGCAUCGAAGAAGUCGUUCCAGAGUUUCUUCUCUUAUCAGAGCAUUUAACUCUGAGGAUGGAGCGGUUAUGGAUGGUCAACUCAGAGAGUGGAACGAUGAGGCAAGCUGGACUAGACCAGCUCUGAUAAACAUGCCUACAACGUAUCAGCAAAACUUUACCAAUGGUCACUUCCCCCUGACUGGCCAGUUCUCAUCCCAUGAUGUCAACCUUUACCCCUCUGAAGCAGCUGCAGUGUCUCACAUGAACACUGCCUCCUCUUUCAUGGCAUCGUCCCACAGUCAACACAGCAUGAUGACACAAGUGGACUGCAACACUAACUUCUUCAUACACAGUGAGUUCAGUCCCUUUAGAGUAUGGAGAGACCGUAACAGGUUCCCCUUCCAACAAGGGGAAGUCUCAGGGUUUAUGCGUUGUUCAGAGUUCCCAAAGUGGGGCCAAAAACCCAAGCACAAAGAGCUAUCCAUGGAACCCCAAAUGAAUGGCUCCUCUAUGUUUCAAGAGAGAAGUAGAAGGAACCACAGGACUAUGAUAACACCUAUUGUCCCAAACAAUCCCUCAACAUCCAACAGGUUACACAAAGCUUCCGCCUUAGAGAAGCGCUGUGAAUCGGACUUGGCUGUACAUUAUCCACAAAGGAUGAGGACACACAGCCUGGGAAACAACAGACCUCCACCUAAGCGGCCAUCAACUGCAUCACCCGCUACUGAGAUGUCUUGCCAUGUUAAUGACACCAUCAGCUCUGUUAAAGACAUCCAGCAACAGAUCAAAAUAAUGACUGGAACUGAAACGGCAGUUGAUAAACAAGGAGCACUUUGCAAUGACAACUUCACGCCAUUUGGUUACAAUGCUGUAACAAUGGAGCAAAAUGUUCCAACCUGCAACAAUCUGCUCUCACCAGAGCUUCCUGUGUCCCAAGCAGAGCCAUCUGAAACUAGUCAGUAUGCAGGUUCUCCCCAACUUGUGGAACAUGCUCCAGUGCGUGCGGAAAGCAGGGGGGCCACUCCUGAUGUCAGAAUGUCAAGCUAUAAAUCCAAAGCCAGCCUCCUCUUCAAUCUCAAAGACAACAGGAAAAGAGUCAAAAGUACCUACAGUCCGAGCAAAUUCAAAAGCUUUGAGACAGUAGAAAAAAGCAAAGACAUGCCUCUCCAGCAAUCCAAGGACACUGUGAUUGAUAUACCGGAGGAUCGACAACCAGAUGGCCAUGAAUGCAGUUGGACGGAUGUGACUUCACAUCAGUGUGUCAAACCGUAUUACAGCCCUAGACUCUUACCUGGAGGAACAAAUUCUCAGCCCACUACAGGCCACAUUUCAGACUAUAACCCUGCUCAAAGUCAAGAUGAGAAGGUUCAAAAUUACCCCAGUAAUCAACUGACUAAUGGGCAGAACCUCACUGAAGUCCAGCCAUCAUUUACUUCCUGCAGGCAAGAUGCAGACGUGCUGAAGCAACCUGAUCAAGACUAUUCAACAAACAAGGAUUUGAAUGAAGCACAUGUGAGGCAAUCUGCAGAGGUGGCUGGCUAUCAACUAACAGAAAGCAAACAGGAUCAUAAUGUUUCAAAGGAAAGGUGGAUAACUUCAGACACAGCAAUCACAGAACAAUUCACUUUGAAAGCAGCUGCAGUGCCUUGGAAACAAGACCAACAUGCUCAGGCUAACAUACAAGCAAUCGCCAUAAAAGAGGGGAUCUGUUCACCCAAACACAAAGGUGAAAGUCAACAGAGCAUAAAUAAAGACAUCAAAAGGCAGCAGCUACACGCUCCACAGGUAAAUGCAGAUAAGGUAUGUGCAGCAAUGUUAAAGGACAACCAGCAACCAACUAAAUCUAACACGCAAAACAGCUCAUCAUCAGUCCAUGAAGUGGCUUCUUCUCAUCCAAAGGUCAACCAAGUGAAAGAUGAUCAAUUUACUGCGAUCAAGACUGAGCAAAAUAUGACUACACAAAUUAAAUCAGAGCAGUCGCCAGUACAGAUGCCUAAAGUUGAAUGCUGGACUCGUAUGGAGACUCCCAAAGAUAAGUCUGCAGAACCAGCACGAUCAGCCAAGACCGAAGUAACAAUGACGGCGAAGGUGAACCCAGAACACCAUGAAGCAAACGAGCAGGGAAGAUGGAAAGAAACAGAUGGAACCACUGAGGAAAACACAAAAGCCUUAACAACCCAAUUCAGAAAUGAAAAAGAAGAAACAAAUGAUGUUAAAGAACAAGCUGAACACAGAGAGAGAGAAGUCAAAGAAAAACAAACUGACAUAGAGGAGCUGAAAGGCAUACAUGUAAAAAAUGAACAGCUGAUAAUAGAGUCAACACAACGCUCCCAAAAAGAUGGCUUUAAACUGGCUCAAGAUGAGGCUAAACCAGUCAGAAGUGAGCAAGAAGGCGAAAAGAAAAUGGAAGAGCAAGUAAGAGAGGAAAAGAUUAAAACAGAAGCAAAGCAAAUAAACACAUACAAAGCAAAACUAAAGCACGGUGGCACAAAGACAGAUGAACAGAAUGUUGAAGAUGUAAAAGAGAAGAAAGCUAAGGCAGAAGAAUUUCAACCUAAAGCAGAAAUACAUGAAGCUAGAGAGGCUAAUUCUGUUGCCAGAAAAGUGGAACAGGUCAAGAUGGAGCAAAUCAGCAUGGAUCUAGCUAAAGUAGCGCUAGCAAAACAGCAAAACAUAAAGGAAAGGUUAACAAAACCUACAAAUCUAACAACAACACAACACGUCAAAAGUGAGCCUAAUAAAGUCGAGCGUGUUAAGACGGAGUUAGCCAAAGCUAGAGCAGAGUUAGCAAAGAUAAAGGAGAAAAUGAAGGGAGAGCACAAGGAAAAAGUCAGAAGUACAAUAACCACAAAGGAAGAAACAACAAAGGAACAGGUGACUAUCAAGCAAAGCAAAGAACAGCCUCAGACACAAACACAUCAACAAAAAGAGAGUCCUUCAAAAGCAGAUCAUUGGGAUGAUUAUUAUGAGAGUCUUAGAGAAAAAUACGGCUUUACGAACUCGGUGUCACUUGGCAGAAACAAAGUGGCUUCAAACGAUGCCAAUGUAACAUCAGACCUAUCACUUGAUAAUGUUAACGUUGAUAACAGUAAAUCUAAGCAUGAUAAUCCCGCUAUUAUUGAUGGAACCAAAAAGCAAGUCAAAGAGGAAGUAAAACCCAGUGAGAGUCUUUAUGUUUACAGUGAGACAUCCAAAGAAUUCAAAUUAUUACCUACUUGUGCAGAAAAAACAGUAACUGAUGAUACUGGUUCAGAAAAAGGAAUGGAUGUCAAAGUUGAAAAGUUGAAAACAUCUGAUGUCAAGUGUCAUGCACAGCAGACACAUUCUGAAAGAAAACAUAAGUCUGAGGGUGGUGCUGUAUCAAGUAAAGGCCUACAUGUUACCGCUAUCAAAGCAUCGCCCCAUAAAGAGAAAACUCAGACUAAACAGGAGAUUCUGACUUCCAAAAUAAAAGCGCAUGCUGAGAAAGAGAUUUCAGCCAUCAUGGAAGUUUUUAAACAAAUACCAGCUAGUCAGAAUCUUCAUGGAAAGCAGAGGCCCCCACUGCAUGAGGUGUCUAGAGGCAAUGGAAGCACAAUGCCAAGUAAUAUUACUUCAAAACAUCAGAUGGGAAGAACAUUAGGGGACCAACUUGUCAAGGCAUGUCCUAUCUUUGACAGAACAAGCGGUAAAACUCUCAAUCCCUUGCAGAAAGACGUUCCUAUAGACCCUAUGAAAAGCAGUGACUCUGUACCUGAAGCGCCUGCAGUGACGAAUAAGGUUGCCGGUUUCGUGAGCACAGAUGGAGGCUUGAUCGAGGAGCAGAAACAAGCAGGUCAACCUGAAACACAAAAUAAGGAGCAGGAAUCAAAGAAAAGUAAAGAUCAACUUCUAGGAAAACCUGCAGAAAAGUCAGAAAAGGCGGAAGAUGUCAUUUGCAAACCUGCAUUAAACUCUGAUGAACUUAUGGAGGAGUCGUCACAAUCUACAAGCAAACAGAAAGAGGUCCACAAGGAUUUUGUCUUAGGUCAGAGUGAGACCUGUGUGGCCAAGAGCAGUCCGCAGAUCAUGGGAAUAGUUGUUACGGAAAGAAAGAAUGACAAACGAAGUAAUGCUGACGCAGACAAAUCUUGUGUAGAAAUGAGCAUGAAGAAUGAAUUUUUGUUGGAUAUGUGCAAAGAAAAUGAAAAGGAAACACAUUCUACAGAGACUCAAAUUAAAAUCAGUAUGAAUAUGCAUGAUGGCAAUGUUACUGAGAAAAUGACCUCUCCCCUGCAGCAGUGGUCUAAUAUCAGUGCAGGAUCCCAAAGCAAAAUAGAAGUAAAAGAAGGCCUGACUGGAAAAGAUGCGACCCCCACACUCACUUUCAGUUCUAUAAAUAAAGUGACAACCGAAACUGAACUCCUUCACUCUAAACAGGACAUAACGGCUGCAGAAACGGCAGGAUGCACACUUAAAACAUCUAAAGAAGACUCGGCAAAGAACCACCUCACAUAUCAAGAGGAAAUUCAUACAGGAGUAAUAAAUGUGCAGUUAAAGCAAACAGCAGCAAAAGUAAUAAACUCAGAAAUCAACUAUGUCCAGGAUUCCGACAAGGUUCUUGUACAAUCUCAAUCCCUCAAGCCACCCCUGGAAGAGGAUGUUGCACCUUUCAUAAACCCAUUUAAAUGCAGUGAAGUAGGGGAUAAGAGUGCACCCCUAGAAAGAAAAGAAAAGAGCAAUGACAUGGCCAACUCUUCAAAUGAGAAUUUAAACAGACAAGCAUCUCCAAAACCCAAUGAGACACACACUGGAGAAAUUAAUCAAAUGGAAGAUGUCCAUAUAGACAACAUUGCCAUCAGUGUAGUCCCAGGAGGAUCAGAGAUUGGCAGUGUGGUGAAACAUCCCAACACAACAUGCUCUAAUGUGGCUACAACUGAUGAACAUCAACAAGAAGCAUUAUCUAAACCUGAUGAAAGCAUGAGCAAAUCAAUCAAAGAUGAUCAAGAUAAAUAUCCUGCUUCAAAAGGCUGUGACGAGCAUUUGAAAGAUAAGUUGGAAGACAAGCUAACUGUACAAGAUGUCUUAUCCAGUGUGAGAAAAUUGGCAGACUCAUUGAAGAACAAGAACAUGAAGAGCCACAGCAUAAACAGAACAGCAUAUAAUGGGGAAGCAGACAGAGCACACAUGACAAAUGACACAACAGUAAAUAUACCACCCAAUGAAGGAGACUACUUCCAAGUUCAAGGCAUACCAGAAGUAAAUACAUCUUAUAGAAGUAAUAGUACAAAUGUUGGCGAUACGUUGUCAGUUUCAAAGGUAAUGGAACAUCCUGACCAACUAACAAGUCAGAGUAAAUCAGAACCUUCAACAUUCAGUAUUCAGACAAGAGGAGUAGCAGAUAAGAACCCUUCAAAACAGAGUGAUUGUCCCUCAGAGUUGCAAAACAGUGGAAAGACAAAAGAUGGGAAUGAGACAAAACAGCACUCAGAAGUUCAAUAUAGUUUAUCAGCAAAGGAAAGGCAUAGCACAAGAAACUCACAGCCAACAAGGGAGGAACCUCAAGUUAAAUCAAAACCCCAAAACCGAGUGUCUACAAUUCCUGAGAUAUCAGCCCUGGCGGACUACGCCAGAUUGAAAGUCAUUGUUUCUGAAGAUAGAGAAAACACAAAUCAGGAAUUCCCUCCACACAAAAAAGAAGGAUUCUUCCCGCUGAUAAAGUCUCGUCACAGCAGGCGCCCCGUGUUCACGUCUGACCCCCAAGAGCACUUUGCCAAGGAGAAAACUUUGCCAAAAAAGACAGACAGUGCCAAAGUCAACAAAGAACCCAAAACUGUUGUCUUUCCCAUCACUGAGAGAGAACAUCAACGAACUGGGAUGUUCAAACUGGGAGACAGAGAAAGACUGGAAAAAAAUAGUUUAGAUCUCAAAGAUCACAAGGGAAUUUUGCAAAAACAGGUACAAGUUCUGAGUAAAAUGACCCAACAAACUCAGGUUCAAAAGGAGACAGAUGGAAAAGAAGUGCCUAAGUCUGGGAGACAACAAAAUCUUCAUUUUACACAAGCUACACCAUCAUCGUCAAUCAAUAAACCAAGAGAAACCCCUAAGUCACUAAAACUACUUGAUAGUACAAAUCCAAAAGAAAAAAACACUCUGGAGACAGCUGACAUCGAAGAUAGAAGAUCAAAUAUAAGCCAAGUUGAAAAGGUUGUAGACAAAAUCACUAUAGACGGAACAAGCUCAAAAAAAUCACAAAAAGAAAGGUUGGAAGCUUAUUACGAAGAAGCAGAAGCCAAAGUAGAACAAGAAUCAAGGAGAAGGGAAUACAAAACUGCAGAGGACACAGGAGUGAUGAUAGAGGAGAGGAUGGCUUUUAUAUCAGAUGAGAGAAGAUGUCCACAAAGAGAUGUAGAAGGGUGGGAGAAACUAAAUGAAACUGCACAAAGAAUGGAGGAAGAAAGAAAAGCAAAAGAAAUGGAAGGCAGUAUAGCAAAUCCAACAGACAAUGAAGGAACUAUUGAAAAGAAAAGGGAAAAUAGAGCAGAAACUCAAGAGGAUAAAGGGGGAAGUGUCGUGGUUGGGGAGAGAAACAGACUGAGCCAAGAGGAAAGAACCGCUCAAGAGGAAGAGCAAAUAAGAGCUGUGUUCAAGGAGGAGCAACGUCUAGCCAAGAGGAUUCAGGAGAGAAGACGUGCAGAGGAGAGCAGAAUUAAACAGAUUCAAGAGCGAGAGAUGGAGGCGCAACAAAGGGGAGAAAGGCAGGUAACAGGUGAACAGGUGAGAUGCGAAGACAAACAGGGAGCGAGUGCACAACCAAAAGAGGAGCAGCUACCCAGAGCUGAGAGUGCUCCUCAAGAGGUGAGCAGAGAUGAUGAGACCAGAGCUAAGAGGAAAGAAGAACAUUCAACAGCUCUCAUGGAGAAAGUGUCAAAGCCUGAGGAGCAGAAACGAGCCGCCCUGAUGAUGGAUGCUCUUCAGUACUACACCAUCGCCUCAACAGACAAGAAACUCAAAGAAAGACGAGUACGCUCUCCGGUACCCAUUAAACAAAAAAACCAUCCACCUGGGGCAAGUGAAGACACUGGAUCCCAUAGAGGAUCACAUAGGCCUCCAGCUGCAGCAUCUCCUGCUCCAUCACUCCCCCGCUCCAAUACAUCCUCCCCUUCUCUGGGAGCCAAACCCUUAAUGUUCAGAGUGAAGGAUAACACUACCAAAGGUUCUUCUUUCACCAAAUCAGUCAAACCACGUUUCCAUAAGAAUUUUGGAGAAGAUUCCAGAGUGGAUUCACCCAUGGAAUGGAGAGCAGAGAGAAGGGAGGACGAGAAAGAGAUAAUGAGACGUAACACAGGAACUCCCAUCCAUCUUGACACAGUCACAGAAUUAAACAGACUUGCUCCUAUUAACGAAUCCUCAAUUGCUCUGCCUGCAUCUUCAUCAAAGGAAUAUUCAGCUCCUCUUCCCCACCACAAACCCUUCUCCAGGAGAAGCAUCGCUCUGGAUGAAGACGACUCUCAUUCGGUCAUCAGUAACAUGUCGGAGGAUGUAGGGAGUUUUUCCACCAGUGCAGCUGACCUAGCAGAUUUACGAGGGUUGUAUGAUUAUGAGAGGCCAGUAUCAGCCUGCAGUUUCAGCAGUGAUGUGUCUCGUUCGGGAAAACCUCCAACGGUUCCCCCAAAAAGUGACAAAGCCUUGCGCAGGGCAAAAAGGCUGACUACACGUAGAAUACGGAAAGAGUUGACCCAAGAUGCACCUGCAAUCCCUGAGGAGAAACCACAACAGAGAACCUCCAGCAGGCCGUCUUCUGCCUCCGCUGAGGUAUGGUCCUCAAACCGCCAUGCCGUGGCUUCUCCGCAUUUUUCCCCUCCUGUCUCCCUCACUUAUGCACCAAUUCGUGGGUCUAGCUCUAAGCACACAGAGAACCAGCACUCUCGCCUCAUUUCUCAUGCAUCACCUCACUCCACCGUCUCUGUCUCCCUCCCUGUUGCCACCCCUCGUGUCACUGCACCUGUAUCACUAUCAGUUGCCUCCCAUCAUUCCACUGCAGCCAUAUCAUAUUCAGAAGCCACUCUUUGUUCCCCUGCACCUGUAUCACAUCCAGUAGCAUCUCAUUUCCCUGACUCACUCUCUGCUGCUUCCCCUCGUCUCACUGCACCUGUAUCACACGCAGUCGCAUCUCUAUCGCAACCAGUCGCCUUGCCUCAUUCCACUGCACCCAUAUUGCACCUAGUUGCCUCCCCUCAUUCCACUGCUCCUUCAUACCAACGUGUUGCCUCUCCUCACAUCCCUGCCCCUUCGUCCAAACCGGUUACCACUCCUUAUGCUCCUGCACCUGUACACCACCCAACUGUCUCCCCCCAUGCUUCUGUAUCCCAUCACUUCCCAUAUGCCCCCCAUCUAGUUGCCACCCCUCAUGCCACUGCACCCAUCUCCCUCCCAGUGUCCUCUCCUCAUGCUUCUGCCCAAAUUACCCACCCUACUGCUUCAAAGAUGGUUGCUCAUGUUCCUUCUUCUCCCACUCUCCAUUAUGCUACCCACCCAGCUGCAGUGACACAGUACCAUGUACAAUCAAGCUAUCCCCACUCCUACCCACUGACCCAGCGUAAAGUGUUGCAAGACAUUGGUUCUGGGCAGUAUUUUCUUGUGGAUGCACCCAUUGAGGUGAAAAUGAAGACUUUCUUUGAUCCACAGACGGGUAAUUAUGUUCAGCUCAAUGUUCGUGAGUCUGGACAAAGCAUCUUCCAACAUCAGCCCAAGCCAGUGUUCCCCCAGCCUAAUUUCCAACCACAUAUGCAGCUCAAACAGCAACAUGAGCUUCACUCUUAUGGGUCGCCAGCUGAUAAGCCUUUUCUGCAUUACAAAGGCUACCAAGCUUAUCCACAAGUAUUUAAACCUGCUGGUAUCUCUUCUACAUCUUCCCAAAGAUCAUCCACAGGAGCCCAGGAGGAAGGAUAUUUUACAAAUAGCUGCAACACAAAUCAAAGCAAUGAAAAUGGACAGAAAUCUGAGGGUCAGUGCUACAGCCCGGAGCAAACCCCGUACAUGGAUACAGUUAAUGAUAUAAACAGAACACAAAACACUGUUUACAACACACAAGAGUCGUUCCCAGAGUGCGACACAAACAACCAGCUUGCAGAACGCACAAUUUGUGAAAAUGAGAACUCAGCUCGCUCAAUGUUUCGACCCUGCGAUAUAAUAACCAUGAGUGAACUUGACGACUUCAUGGAGAUAACUGACUGGUGAGGGAAAAUGACGACUAGCUUUGGGGUUGUGGUGAAUGUCAGUAUGCAUAAACAAUACAUCACAUAAUACGUAUUUUGUUCAUGUUUUUCACGUUGAAAAAGUAUCGGAAUAUUUUAGUGUGACCCUGUGAUAUGCUGAAGCUAAAAUUUGUGCUACAGAGUUCACCAUUCCAUUUCCCUUUAUGAAUGUGAGAUAGUACGAUAUCUCUCUUGUGUAAACACUGUGAUAGCACAACUCCUGGCUUGGUGAUGCAUGUGUGUAAAUGGUCAAAAGGUCUGCUGAUGGUGUAAAGCGCUGUUUAAAGAAGCACGACGUCAUAAAAGUUGUUGAUCUGAGCUGUUGUGAAAAGUCAGAAUUUAAUGUUGGAAGUUGUGUUUUGCUGUGAAACAAAGCAGUGUGACAUGGACUGAAUGCACACACGAACUAAGUGCUCAUCGAAAUGACUACCUUUUAGAAAUCACCUGACUGCUGCAGACUUCAUUUUGUGACUUGAAAACACAAUAAAAGCAGUAACAAAAUUAUAUUACUGUCAGCAUCCUGUUUUGACUCUUACAAUAUUCCCUGGGUCUAUGACUAAAAUUAAACAUCUUUUUUACUGAUUGCGCACGACAAUUAUGAAGGGCUGUUUAGAGAGCGCACUGGAGGAGAAAAUGAU